CCCGUCCCGCCGCCCCCGUCGCCGCCCUUCUCCUUCUCCCCCCGCCGUCUCCGCCUCGGCCCCCACCACCCGCUGCUGGAGGAUGGGGACGUUCACAGGCACCUCUACCUCCAGGGUGUCCUCACCAGCCUCGCCGAGGUGGCGGAGAGACCCAAGGUGUCUGAAUUCAGUUGCCACAUCUCUGGGUGCUGCCAGGUCUUUGAUACGCUGGAGGGCUAUGAGCACCACUACAACGCGCUGCACAGGAAUGUCUGCUCCUUCUGCAAGCGCUCUUUUCCGUCGGGGCAUCUCUUGGAUGUUCACAUCUUGGAGUGGCACGACUCGCUCUUCCAGAUAAUGGCCGAGAAGCAAAACAUGUACAAGUGUUUGGUAGAAGGCUGUGCGGAGAAGUUCAAGAGCAGCAAGGACAGAAAGGAUCACUUGGUCACCGUUCACCUUUAUCCCGCUGACUUUCGGUUUGAUAGACCGAAGAAAGUGCAAAGCGGCCCCAAGCACGUGAGCUCUCCCAUGAAGCAGAGUGCCAGCGUGCCGAUGGAUGUGAGCGUGGAGACAUCGGAGCCAUUCCAAGCGGAUGCCAUGGAAAUAGGGCCCAGUGAGAACAUGGAGAUCCCUCAGCCCGCGGCCAGCCCCAGCCCCUUGGCGCCAGAGAAACGACUCUAUAAAUCUAGGAUCCCGUCCACAAUUUGCUUUGGACAAGGUGCCACCCGAGGAUUUAAAGGACCGAGGAAGAAAGUCUGA